AAGAGACAAGUGACAGCGCUCCGUGCACACUGCAGGUACUGGGGAACUCUGGAACACAACGGGAUGUGCUACCUCUGAAUCUGCAAGGAGUGCGAUCCCACGUUUCCCAAGUUGGGAAGAAUAUACAUUGAUGGAUGAGGAGACCAAUAUUUUGUUGAUGAGAACAACUAAUAGAUCACAAGCUGAUCUGUCCAGAAUUGGUUAAGUUAUUUUCCUCUCAGCCAGACCAGGAUGGAAAAUUUCCAGCGCGUUCGGAUCUUAGAUGAAGAUAAUGGGAAGUCUUUGCCUUUCAAGAACAUUUGCCCAGAUGUGGUACAGAUGAGGGUGAAAGAGGGCAGCAAGAUACGCAAUCUCAUUACUUACGCUUUGGGCUAUAUGGAGUCAGAAGCAGCAGGGCAGAUUAUCUUCAGUGCUCAUGGUCGUGCAGUGACUAAAGCUGUGACUUGUGUAGAAAUCCUAAAGAGACAAGUAGUAGGUUUGCACCAGGUCACUAAGGUGCAGUAUAAGACUUUGCAUGAGGUGUGGGAACAGAAGGGUCCAAAGGUCCAGAGCCCAGCCCCAUCACUGACUGUUCAAAAAUAUCUCCCAUCCAUUUGCAUACUCCUCUCCAAGGUUCCGCUUGACCCACAAGAGACAGGUUACCAACCUCCUCAACCAGUUACUGCUGGGAAAUGUCCUACUGGGUCUCAAGUGAAACAUUUUGUUUCCAAAAAGAGAAAGUUACAGCAGAGCGUGGAAGAAAAAAUUGUAGACAAAAGCUUUCCAAGAGCACAAUCUCAUCAGUAUCAGCUAUCAAGCACACUGGGAGAGAUCAAUGGUACAAAACUAUGAAAAAAUGCCAUAUUGAAGAUGAUUUCUACUAAAUUUGUUUUCAUUUACUUUUACUAUGACCAUUCAUUAUAGGAACAUAGUGAAAAUACCAAGCAGACUCACAAGGCAAACUUAAUUCCUGCUGUAGAGACUUUGAGUUUCCUGCUGAUUCAAGAAUAUGAAAUGAACAAUAGAGCAUAGAAAAAAAUAUAACAGAUAAUGGCCAUCAGAAAACAUGGUCUCAACAGUUAAAGCCGCAAAAAAUAUUCUAUUGUAUGCAUUUUUUAGCAGGAGUCUUAAGAUAAAAAAAUUGGAAUUCCACAACUACAGAGUUAUGCAGAAAUGAAAAACCUUGGCUUUUCUUCUGUUAUUGUCAGUAAUAUAGUAGAAUAGAGAAUUCUUAGCAAGUCUAUGUUCCUUUGCAUGCACUGCACAGAACAUUUCUGCAAUAGGAAAUUAAAGAAAAUAAUUUCCUAUCAAUGCCCUAAAAUAGGUAUUUCAGUUAUGUCAAGCUGAUAAGCAUUUAAUAGACUUAAAAUAAAAUCAGUCAAUUUUGUAAGAACCGUAGUCUAAUCCAGCAGCCACAUAAUUUAACAAUUCCUUAAGCAUCCUAUUGAUAGGAUCAUAAUUUUUUUGAACAUCUGGAUGUUGCUGUGUGGUGCUCAUUAAACCAGAAUAGCAUAAUUCAGGAAAACUUAAUAAUUAUAAUCAACCAUCAAAUUGCUAGUAAAAAUCACAGUGAGGGGGUUAUAAUUAGCCCUCUAUUUAACAGGCAGCCAUUAACCCUCCUGUAUCGCCCAUCACUAUAAUAAAGUACCACAAAGGUUAA